CGAUUGUGAACUAUAAAAUCAGAACACAUCUGAGAUCGUAUAACUUAAUUAUUGCUAAAGAUAUAUCUUUCUUUUUGACAGAUAAUUUAAGGUGCUUUAAUUAGACAUAUUGGUUUGUUAAAAUUCAAACAAAGACAAGUUCCAUAAAAUUAACUUUGUAUCAAGUAAUUGAUACUUACAAAUUAUACACAGUUUAUAACUACGAAUAUCGUCAAUAUAAUGAGAAUGAACGUGAAACUUGUAUCCUUUAUACUUAUGCUUACAAUAAUGUUAUUGGAAGCAGAAGAAAAUCUGCGAGAAGACUUAGAAUUUGUUUUGAAAGCCUUGCUUAAUUAUCAGUAUUCUAAGGAUUCUGGUAUAGUAAGAGUUAGGAAGCCAGAAGAUGUCAAAAUAGGGAACAAUGUAACCACAUUGGAUUUUAUUGGUUUAAUAGAGAGACAUGGUUAUCCUGCCGAGGAGCAUUAUGUUACAACGGAAGAUGGUUACAACUUGGUAAUACAUAGAAUACCAGAAAGUCCUUUAUCUAAAGAUCAACAGAGAAGAAAAGUAGUGUUCCUUCAACACGGCGGCUUCCUCUCAUCUGAUUCCUGGGUGUUGUUAGGUGCUGGCAAAGACCUUCGUAAGUGAUUGUCAAUACAUAAUUCAUUGAUUAUAAAAUAUGUUGAUCAGAUUCAAAGAAUUAUAUUCUAGGCAGUGAUGUAACUUCGAGCGACAUUUUUUGUAUUUUUCACUUUCUGUUCAUUCUAAAUCCGUACGAAAUCUUUCCUUGCACAUGGAAUUCUGCUUCUGUACUGAAAGAAAAAGAUGAUUACAUUUAUUAAUAAUUUAACUAUAAU